UUUACAACGUUCGGUCUAUAGUGCUACGUCAUUUCUUGGAAUCCGCGCUCGGAAUUCGGCACCCGGCAAAACAUAGGUCACGCCGUACGCAGAGUUAGUUGUGUGACGACAGUCAGACGAGUCGCUCCACGUACCGUAUUAGUCUUUCGUGUUACGCGUUCGCGACAAGUACGGAACGAAACCGCGAUCGCUCGCGGCGAAUAAUUGGCGAUCGAUGUCGUCGCGUGAUCGCUCAAUCCCCGCGAUUUGCCAUCGAUGUUCGGGUCAGCCGGCGAGGCGGAUUUCUAGCGCGACUCACGCGCGAGAUCCGUAGGUCCGCGGAUCGAGGCGCUCGCUGACUUGAAAGAAUUUCGUCGUUGCGAUGAUUGUUUAUACGUGCAACUAUAAUUCGGACACAGUGAAUACAGUGGCAUUUGUAUAAGUGACCAUCGCUUUUAGAAACGGGAGUGCGAAUUGGCGAGUGCGUCGAAGGACAGUCCAGACAAGGAUACCUUAGGGGAGGACACCCUGCGGAAGGCAUCGGGCGCCAUUGCUCAAUUAAACUGGAUGUAACUUCGCUGCUGCGCAUCUUGUCGGAACAGAGAAGAGAGGUCAUCCAGAAUGGUUCUUACUGUGACUGAGGAUACUCCGGCGGAUAUGCUGACCGGAAGUAUGGAACUUCUAGUCCAGCUACCUCGAGAGCAUCACCUUGUUACGCAGAAAGUCACAGUACUGAGAAGCACACCAAUGAUGGACCUUCUGGUGCAGAUCACGACGGCUCACAAAUUGACGGCUUCGAGCUACACCUUACAAGCGAUCGGCGAACGUGGCUUGAUUCUUCCUCAUCAUCCGAACACUCCUAUAGGAGCAUUGGACGCUCUUCAGGUUAAAUUACUUCCCAAGCAAAACGCGUGCGUGCCGCAUAAAACCAAACAGGCUAAUCAACCUUUCGAAACGACAUUCAGAUUGCAGGUACAUUUGCCGAGAAAUCAACUGUACGUGUCGAGGGUCAGUCCAAAGAUGAACCUUGGAGAAAUUCUGGAUGAAGUGUGUCGCGAGAAGAAUCUGGACAAGAGCAAGUAUGAGCUCCGUCAUCCAGUUAAUCUGGAGGAGACAUUAGACCUAUCACUGUCUCUGCAGGAUUAUCACCUGCAGGAAGUGACUCUGUACGCGAAACAAACUAUGAAUAUGGGUCCAACAUUAAGUACAGAAGAUAUAAUGGCGUUGCAGAGGCAAGAGGAACGACGACGGCAGCAAACAAAGCAAAGUGUAUUCGGUUUCAUAUUUAAGAAGUCCAAGGAAAGCUCUCUGAGCACGGAUAGUCUUGGGGCACGCAGUGUAUCGCCAGCCAGGAGUGAUGAAACCGCGAGAAGCGUUAGUCCGCUUCAGCCGCCGGUUCGACCACAAAGAAAGAGAAGGCCAGCCCCGAAACCACCCGCCAAUGCUGCACAAAUUAUUCAAGAUAUGUCUGGAGGCAGCAACAAAGACAAAAUGACAAUCAGUCAUAGUCGUAACAGCAGCGAUAGUUCUGGUUACCAUGAGGCGUCCGUGCUCAGCGAUAAUCCAGAUUCGGCUGUGAGACUACCAGAAACUCUACCAAGGAGAAGCAAGGCACCAGGUUUGUCUGAUUUGCCCAGAAAAUUAGGGCAAACCUCACAGUCCAGCAAGAGUCUGGGUAAUUUACCAGCAACCAGUGAAACGCUCACAAUCAGUCGAGGGAUUAGCACCACUUCUCUUAGCUCCACUGGUCUUCGAAAGAAGAGAGCAGCUCCUCCUCCGCCGACGCCCAGGCCACUUUCAUCGACUACUUCCACGCAGGCUUUAGAACGCAUUGUCGAUUCCGAGGAGUCGUUAACAUCUGAUAUAGAACCUUCAAAACCGCCAUCAGAUAUUGGUGCGUCAUCAAAGGCCGGCUCCGACAUUGAUUGCCCCAAAGUUAAUUCCGAUAUCGGCAUCAGCGCACAGUCCAUGCGUCAAUUAGACUGUGAAUUAAAGCCAGAAAUUGCAAUGUACGAGCCCAAUGUCGACAUCCAACAGAAUUGUACUAUUGAAACAAAUACCGAAGCGCGUCCUAAAUCAGAUUUGGUUAUCUCCGAGAUUGAUAAAACGGAAAAGAUCGUACCUGUAGAAGCCACCCCGAUAGUAGAGCAAGCUAGAGUAGCAGCGAAGAAAGUUGGAGAGUCUGCACCCCUACCCAAGCCUCGAAAGAUUAAUACGAGUACACUUAGCGCUUCGGAAUCUCUGAAGAUAUCUAAGCAUAAAGUAACCCCGCCCUUAGCGCCGCCUAGAACUUUAAGCAUCAAGCGCGAUAACACAAAUGUUUUAUUACACGAGCAUAGAAAUUCUGAACAUAUUGAUAAAACAUGCUGUAGUACUCCACUUGUCGAUACGUUUUCAUUGGAUGCUACAUCUAAGCCAGAAGAAACAUCUUCAAAAUUGAAAGUUGACUGUACAUCUUUCAAUGAAAGUCAGAUAAAUCGGCAAACAAAAAUAUCAGAAAAUAUUGGCAAUGUUACAGCCGAAGAUGAUAUGCCUUUAAAAUCAAGCCGAGAUUCAAAUCAUCAAGUAAAAAACAACUUUGGCAUACAAAAUUCUAUGGAACUAAUUCGUGUUGAUUCAGAAGAAGCUCAUUCAAAAUUCGAAGAUAAAUUUGUAGGUGGAGAUAAAUUUAGCCAGGUGAAAAAGAUACAAGAUAUUGCCGACAAUGUAGAAAAUCGUAAAUCAUUAAAUUUGGACUUAUACUUAAAUAAUAAAGGACAUACCGUGCUUGAUACGUUAGAAUUAAAUGUAUCUUUAGCGAAAUUAUCUGAACGUAAUAUUAUCCCUCAAAAAAAUGAAAAUGAUUCUUUGGAACAAGAUGACAAGAUAAGAUCCGAAAAUAUUAUUUCAUGUAAUGAAAAUGAGUACCAAAGUGAUAGUUUGCGGAUGACAUUGGAUGACAGUUCUGUAAGUCAAAGUAUGAUUAAACUGGAUCAUAUGAAAGAAUCGAGAAGCGAACGGCUUAAACUAUUGCACCAUCAAUUCAUUUGUCAAGAACCAUCCAGUGCGCAGAGGAAAACAAUUGCUCCCUGCGAGAUUGAAAACAAUGUUAAGAGAGCAAAUUUGAAAGACGCGAUGUGCGGCGCAGCAGAGAAGAGCGACUUUGAGAAAGAGAAAAAAAUGUGCACAGUAAUCUCUACCAUACCAAAAUGCGAGCAUCUUGAUGCUAUAAGAGAAGACGGUGCUUUAAAUAAUAUCACAAAACGUGUCGUCACAGAAGAUAUCGAUGAAUUAUGUGAAAGACAUGAAAAUUAUCAGAGCGAAGAAUCAAGCGGCACGAGAAAUGCUAAACGAACGAAGGUAGUUCGGAGCCAAUCCAAGUCGGGCGACUUCGAGACAGACAUUUUGAAGAGACAGAGACGAUAUCUUACUUUGCCUCCGGAGGACAUUGCGCACGCUUUGAACUUCAACAUCCCCUCACAAAAUUUUACAUCUUUCGAUAUUGCAGAAAAGAACUGGGAACAAAUUGUGACAGGGCAUUGCACUGAUGAUAUGGGAAAUACGGAUAUAGAUAAGGGAGAAACAUAUGGUAAAUUAACCGCAGCAGUUUCCCAGGAUAUCCCAUCCGAGACUGAUAUCCUGCUGCAGAAGGUAUCGGAUACUUUAUCGAAUGUACUACCAACUUUAUCUUCCCCGAUAUCGGAAUCAUCAUCGUCUCUUAAGACAAGUUAUACAACUACAUCCAUGCAAACAAACGCUGUUCCCGAUGAUUCUGGAAUCACAUUAGAAUCUAUCGAGACAAAGAACGAGUCCAAUGAGCUUUACAGAUCGUGUAUCGAUUUUUCGGUAGAAAACGGCGUGAGUGCCAGCACACCGAAUAUAACUGUAGCAAAUUCACAGCAAGAUACAGAUUAUGUAUCGAUGAUGGGCGAAGAUUUGUCAAUCAGUGACUGGGAGUAUCAACUUCCGGCCCCGCCAAGUGCCUUUCGCGAUUCGUAUUCACCUAUCUACGAUGAUUACGAUACAGUCACGCUGAGAUCAGUGGAGGUCUUCAAGGAGCCAAUUACUAACUCAAUUUCAGAGCCAACUGAUGCGAUAGAUAGUGCCAAUAAAAACUUCAAAUCGAUUAAGAAUCUAUCAAAUAAUGUUAAAGUGAGUCGUGAUCAAGAGACUUUGAAAGAAAAAAUAGAUUUUGUGUCUGAAAAAGAAAUCGAUAUUAAGCAACCAACGAGCAAGCCUGUUGUUAAGCAAGCGCUCUUUACUUCACAAAAGUCAGAGACCGACCUGGACUUACGAAAAGAGAUGAUCUCGGAGUUGGAAAACAAACUAGAAACAGGUACAUUGCCACAGACUGUUAAUAAAGACUUGGAUCGAAGAAAUAUGGACAGCUUAUCCGCACCAGAGCUGGCACCUGUGGACAAUACCUUAUCUAACUUCAUUAUCACUACUUAUACUAAACAAAAGAGUCUGGAUAUUUUCGAAGAAUUCGAAGAAUCUAGCGAUUGUGCAAGAUCUUCAGAACAAAAAUUUAUUAAGACAUUUGCCACACUAUCGAGGAAUAACGCUGGUGCAUGUAAUUACGAUAAGAACAACGCAACAAGGAAUACGCUAUUAAUUAACAAUCUAUCGCACAAUAAGAAAGCAAUAAAUAAAUCUGAAGAAUCGAAUGCAGAUAACGUAGACUGUAAACUGGAGCCAAAGAUUCAUGAUCAGGGCAAGCUGCCCUACAAGUGGCAGUUUUUCAACGCGACCAAUGAUAAGACUAAUAUCCAACGAUCUAAGAGUUACAUAUCGAUGUCUAACAACGCCAAAUAUCAGAAGGAAGCACAAGGAAUCAAUGCAAAAUAUGAACCGCAAAUUAAUACAGAGAUUAUUGGUAUGAGGAAAGCUACGAGUAUUACUGAUUUGAAUGUUGACAUGUUAAGAGGUAACGAGAAAUUCUCACAAUGGAGGGACAAUAUACUGAAGAAUCAGGAGGAACCUACCAAAGAGAAGCAAUUACAAUCGUUGCAGGUACUAAAAAGCAUUUUGCCGCAGUUGAAGAACGCUCAACAGGCGGAGGAAAAUGUGUCCAAAGGCUAUAAUAACUCGUCAAUCCAAAGAACGAACAAAUACGAGUCCAACGAACAUUCAGGCAGAAUGAGUGCAGUUUUGACACACGAUUUUCAAGAAUCUUCAGAAUCGAAAUGUAAACCAUCGCUGAAAGAAGAAAGCACAAAACGUUAUGUUUAUUCUGGUCCACCUGCAAUCACUCUAGGCAGUUGGUUGGAAAGAUCCAGCGCUAACAUCCAAAUCAAAACAGACACCGAUUACACACUGGGAAGAAGUAAUACAACUAAUGGCAGUAAGACAAUUGUUAACAUUAAUGACAUUAAGAACGGAAAGGAUAUUACAGACUAUACUAGCGGCGUUAGUAAAAAUAAUGUCACUAAACAUGAAAUCAACAUUGGCUCUUUGGCAAAUACAAACCCUGAUGAAUUAAAUACAAAAAAAUUAAUCGCACACACGUCCAAUUUCAAGACAUCGAAUCGAGUUAACACAAUGUCCGAUUUGACGAAGAAUGAAGACAGACCUGUCGUGAUGGGGGUUGAACUAAAAAGAAACUUUGUCAAAACGUCGAAGGAAAUGCUCAAAAAUGACGAGAACGAAGUUAACACCACAGCGAUGAAUUUCAAAGAAUUGACAAAGACAUUCAGUCAGAAUGGAAAUUUUAAGCAGAAAUCUAAACGCUCUGAUAUUAAUAGUUCCUCCACGGAUUAUCGCAAUGUGCAGCAGAGAGAAAAAGAAAGAAUCACAAACCCAAACGUUAAGGAAGACGGUUGUGUCAGGUUCGCAAAGGCAACCAGCCAAAACAACAAUUUCUCGUUUAAAAAUCAGCCCAAAAUGUAUGGUGUUCAGCACAAAUUACAGGCAAAAAGGUUCACAUCUGUCGUAGGUGUAAAUGGGAUGAGUCAGAAUAUUGAGUCGCAAAGUGAAAUGCCUCUGAGAUGUAACGUCAAUAAUGCAAUAAAGAUUUAUCCACCGAUGCCGGUUGUAAAAGGAUUCAAGAUACCCACCGUUAACUCUACGAGAAAUAAUAAUCCUAUAAACCACAAUGGAUUAUCGAUGGUUGAUGGUUUUAACAAGAAUAUGCAGUCUUCUGAACUUCCAACGAUGCCGGUGAUAACAGGAGUAACGUUAAAGAAUGCCAAUGCGAGACCCAAGUCAAUGCCGGUCCAUUUAGAUCCUCGGGAUAUGCUAUUGGAGUCUAUUCGGAACUUCGGUGGACGUGAAAAAUUAAAAAAUACUACAGAGAAAUAUUAAUAUAGGCAGUUAUGGGACAUGUAAAUUUAUAAGGAAAUCUGAGCAAAAUUGUUUGAUGAUGCUCCAUUGAAAAUUACCAUUAAAAGUAUCAGAAUUACAUUCUGAAGAUUCUACCGUUCAUAAAAGUGUUUUGUAAAUAGUUUAGUAAAAAAAAAUUGUUUAACCCUAGAAUAUUAUUAGUGGCCGUUCAGAAUGCGUGUUCAAAAUUUUAAUUUGUAUUAUUAUUUUACUUCUGUACAUUUGCUUUAUAUUUUACAUACAGGGUGUCAUUGAAUAUUGAGGAUCAAAUUUGACAAUAAAUUAGACCGCCGGGCGGUCACAUCUCGCCACGCGCUCGAAUUGGGAGGUGGGCCGGGCUAAGACGACAAUUU